AUGUCUAUACGCUAUCUAACUGCAAAGGUCGCUCAGCAAAUUGACGAAGAGCUUAUGAGUGCUGUCGGUGCGUUCAGCAUUGACCAGCUCAUGGAGCUCGCGGGACUUGCUUGCGCUCAGACACUGGCAAAGGUCUAUCCGAGAGCAUCUCAUUCGCGAGUUCUUGUAUGUUGCGGACCCGGAAACCAAGGUGGGGACGGACUCGUUGCGGCACGUCACCUCUCCCAAUUCGGCUAUAAUCCGACAUUAUUUAUGCCCAAGCCCGGGAACAAGGAUAUCUACAAACGCCUCCAAAUCCAAUGCAACAACAUGUCCAUUCCUACCUUGCCAUCUUCAACCAAUGAGCUCGCCGAAGCUCUCACAACCUCCGACGUCAUACUUGACGCAAUCUUCGGCUUCUCCUUCCAUCCGCCUGUACGCGCUCCCUUCGACACUGUUCUCCCACUCCUAGCAAAGUCCGGCAAGCCAAUCGUGAGCGUAGACAUUCCGAGUGGCUGGGAUGUUGAGAAGGGGAAGAUUCCAGUGCAGGGGUUGGAGCCUGAUGUACUUAUCAGCUUGACCGCACCGAAGCUGGGUGCGAAAGACUUCAAAGGAAGACACUUCUUGGGCGGUCGAUUCGUGAGCAAGAGCCUCGAGGAGAAAUUCGAGUUGAACCUUCCAGAAUAUCCGGAUUACGAGCAGAUUGUCGAGCUGCCUCAGAACACUGCACAAAAACUUUGA